AUGGAAAUUGACUCUAGUAAAAUGAAUCCAGAGACUUUGGUAACAGAAAUCGAACUGUCAUUUGUGUUGUUGAACAAAGCAUCGACUUCUUAUGACAAUAGGUAUAUAUCCAAAGUAUUUAGAGAAUUGGGACCUUUAAGAAGACAGUUGGCAAUUCUGGUUGAACCUUUACGUAUAGUGUUGGGGAAAUUAUAUGCUAAUACUGAACUGAAAGAAUAUUUGAAUAAAUUCAUUACUAUUGAUAAACAUGAGGUAACUGUUGAUUCAACUGAGUCAAUGGAAAUUGAUGGUGAAAAUGCUUCAGAGUUGGUGUUAUUACCUGAAGUAGAUUUGUAUGCUCAUUUAUUAAUCCAAACUUAUCUUUUGGAUACCGGGAAGUUAGAUCUACUUCGGGAUUUCAAUGUUUAUGUGAUACAAUUGUUGAAACAGUACAAUAAAAGAUCAUUAGAUUUGAUUCAAGCUAAAAUAUGGUUUUAUAUUGCAAGAGCUGCAGAAGUAAAUGAAGAUUAUUUUAGUUUACGUCCAGAAUUAUUGAUGAGUUUAAGAACUGCUGAAUUAAGACAUGAUUGUGAAACCACUGCUUCUAUCAUUACAAUCCUUUUGAGAUUCUAUUUGUUAAGUCAUGAUAUUAAUCAAGCAUUAAAUUUAGUGGAAAAGACUCAAUUCCCUUCUAGUACAGGCAAUGCAUUGUCUGCCAGAUACUACUAUUAUUUGGCCAAGAUCAAUGCCAUUCAAUUGGAUUAUUCUGCUGCUCAUGAAUAUGUCAUUGCAGCUAUUCGUAAAGCUCCACAAACUUCUCUUGCUACUGGAUUCCUUCAAACAGCAACCAAAUUGAUGAUCAUUAUUGAAUUACUUAUGGGGGAUAUUCCCGAAUUGAAGACUUUCACCAAGCAAACAGGUAAUUUUGAACCUUAUUUACAAGUCACUAAAGCUGUUAGAUUAGGUGACUUGAAAUUAUUUGGUCAAACUUUGGCUAAAUAUGAAGAAUACUUUAAGAAGGAAAACUUGUACACUUUGGUGUUAAGACUUCGUCAAAAUGUCAUCAAAACUGGUAUUCGAAUCAUAUCAUUGUCUUAUUCUCGUAUAAGUUUGAGAGAUAUUUGUAUUAAAUUACAUUUGGAUUCAGAAGAUGCUGCUGAGUACAUUGUUUCCAAAGCUAUUAAAGAUGGUGUGAUUGAAGCUUCAAUUAAUCAUGAAAAGGGUUAUAUGAAAUCAAAGGAAUUGUUGGAUGUAUAUUCAACUAAGUUACCUCAACAAGAAUUUGAUCAACGAAUUAAAUUUUGCUUGAGCUUAUACAAUGAUAGUGUGAAGUCAAUGAGAUACCCUAAUGAUAAUGGUAAUGAGAAUAACGAAACUCCAGAUACAUCUGCUUUGGACGAAGAAAUGGAGUUUAUUCGAGCUAUGGAAGAUCUCAAUGAUUAUUUGGAUUAG